AUGGCGGGAAUUACUUGUAGCCCAGACAUGGAAGUUUUCUCUUUCCUGAUUGGCUGCCAGGUGAAGGCUCACCAGGGACAGGAUUCCCAGCAGACUGAUCCUAAAGGUCAAAGGAAAGUGCGGGCCAGUGAGUGGCUUCCUGCUGCAACCAGCACCAGGCAGUGUCUGCGCUCAGACGCAGUGGAGCGUGGCAAAGGUAUCUUGCCAGGUGCAGAAUCAGUAGAAGGUGAAAAGGAAGACAGUGAUUCCUCCUGGGGUUCAAAGCCUUUUUCUGCAAUUGUAGAAAAAGUGUUUGCUGGUGGGCGGCGUCCUGCUGCAGACCACAGAGGAGGGGGCGUGCGCUCUGCUCCAGCGGAGAGCAGCAAAGGGGUCUUGCAAGCAGCAGGAAGAUCAAGAAAAAAUGAUAAUUCUUGGGACUCUGAGACUGAGUCUGAAGAUGAAGGGAAAGCGUCGGCUGCUGUCCAGCUGCCUGCUGCAAACAGCAACAGGUUGGAUGCGCCCUCUGCUGCAGUGGAACAUGGCAAAGAAGUCUUGAAACAAACAUGGAGAGAAGUGAAAAAGGAAGAGAGAGUCUUGCAGCCAGCAGCGGAGGAAGCAAAACAGGAAUACAGUGAUUCUCCCU